AUGUACUCCUGCUGCGAGGGAUCGAUAGACAAGGAAUCAACGAUGUUAUGCACCCGUUGUGGUGAAGCGUUUCAUUACAGUUGUGUGGACCCUGCAAACAGCUAUGAUUUUUCAACUAUCGAUACAAACAAAUGGACCAGUCCCACUUGUACAGCCAAAAAGCCAAAGGCGAUUAAAGGCGACAAUACUCCCAUACGUUGGGGCGCAUCACAAGCAUCGGCAAAUAGUACCGUUACCCAACGUCACAAAAAGAAAAAAACGUUGUCGGAACCUUCAUCAAAGGUUCAAACCAGUGAUACAGUUGGUCAAAUCACAGUUUCUUCGCUUGAAUUGCGUGAGAUAAUUAGGCAGGAAAUUAGACAGGAAAUUAUAGAAUUACAGAAAGGUUUAGAAGCCAGCUUUAAGAACCUAUUAAAUACAAAAUUUAAGAAAAUAGAAGAUGAAGUGGAGGAAGUCAAGAAAUCAGUCCCAUUUAUAAACAACAAAUAUGAAGAAAUUAAGACACAGUUGGUCAACCAAGAAAAAUCUUUAAAAUCCAUGGAUCUCAUAUCGGCUGAUAUGGCCCAAUUGAAGACUUCAUUAAAUAAACUGGAGAUUGAGAAUAAUACAAGAGAUCAGUGGGCCAGACGUUCAAAUAUUGAAAUCUGUGGUGUUCCUGAAAAGAAAAAUGAGAACUUGAUUUCAAUCAUCGAAAACUUUGCAAAAAAAGCUGAUAUACCAUUUAACGCCUCCACUGAUAUGGAUUUCGUAACCCGUGUUGCAUCCUUAUCAAAAGAUAAUGAAAUGCCCAAACGUAUAAUUAUGCGUUUCAUGUCUCAGUACUUAACUUUCUCGUCCUCAGGAUGA